AUGUUCGCGCAGGGAGGCUGCAGGCUGGGACUUCUGGUACUGGGAGAAGCGAAAAUCCUGACUGCAGCAACAGCAGCAGCAGGUUGCGGCUCGCUUCGGAGGCUGCUUUGCACCGAAACCAGAGACCUGAAGCGCACCCUGGCGGAGCUUAUUCCAGGCCAACAGGAGCGCCUCAGAAGUCUCAAGAGGGACCACGGCAGCGAGCCCCUGAAGGAGGUGACGGUCGAUAUGGUCAUCGGCGGCAUGCGGGGGCUCCCGGCAAUGCUCUGGGAAACGUCGUUGCUAGACCCCGAGGAGGGCAUCCGCUUCCGUGGCCUCAGCAUCCCGGAGCUACAGGCUCAGCUCCCCACCGUCGCGCCGGGUGGCCAGCCCCUUCCCGAGGGGCUGUUGUGGCUGCUGCUGACCGGGAAGGUGCCGAGUAGGGCUGAGGCGCUCUCCGUGAGUGAGGAGCUGCGGCACAGGGCCCACGUGCCGCCGCAGGUGCUGCGGGUGCUGGACGCGCUUCCCCCCGGCUCGCACCCCAUGACGCAGCUGUCUGUGGGGGUCAUGGCCUUGCAGGUGGGUCGCCACUUCUCCUCCGCCUACCGUCGCGGGGUGGCCAAGCGGCUCCACUGGGAGACUGUGUACGAGGACAGCAUGGACCUUAUCGCCAAACUGCCCCAACUGGCGGCCAUCAUCUACCGCCGAACUUACAAAGGCGGGCACUUCAUCCCGCCCAGCCACAAACUGGACUGGGCAGCCAACCUGGCGCUGAUGAUGGGCUACGAGGACGUGGGCUGCCACGAGAUGAUGCGCAUGUACCAGACCAUACAUAGCGACCACGAGGGCGGUAACGUGUCCGCCCACACCACCCACCUGGUGGGCAGCGCGCUGUCUGAUCCGUACCUGUCGUUCGCCGCCGGCAUGAACGGCCUGGCGGGGCCGCUGCAUGGCCUGGCCAACCAGGAGGUGCUCCGCUGGCUCAAGAACCUCACGGCCAAGCUGGGUCCGCACCCGGAGAAGGAGGCGGUCCGCAAGUACGUCGAGGAAACAUUGGCAUCCGGCAAGGUCGUACCAGGGUACGGCCAUGCCGUACUGAGGAAGACGGACCCGCGGUACACAUGCCAGCGUGAGUUUGCUCAGCGCUACAUGCCCGAGUACCCGAUGUUCAAGUUGGUGUCGGACUUGUACGAGGUGGUGCCUGAGGUGCUGGGCAAGACGGGGAAGAUCAAGAACCCCUGGCCGAACGUGGACGCCCACAGCGGCGUACUGCUGCAGUACUACGGCAUUACGGAGGAGAACUUCUACACGGUGCUGUUCGGAGUGUCGCGCGCGCUGGGGGUGCUGGCGCAGGGUAUCUGGUCCCGGGCUCUGGGUCUCCCCAUCGAGCGACCAAAGUCGAUGACACUGUCCGCCCUGGAGAACCUUGUGAUGCCGCACACCACCACAGCCACCACAGCCGCCACCACAGCCGCCACAGCCGCCACUUCAAGAGGGGAAGAGGCGGCGGCCUAA